AUGAAAGGAAGAGUCCCAAGUGAAUGUGGCAUUCCUGGCAGCAGGGCUCCUAUGCUUUGGACAGUUGCCUGGCAGGCAAUUCAACAGGUUCAGCCUGACUGGCGAGUAGAGUCAGUGUCUCUGAGAAGUGCAUGGCUGCCAGAUUAGGCCAAAGGGGCCAUUCAGUCCAGCAUCCACAGGGACCAACCAGAUGCCCAUUAUGGGAAGCCCACGAGUGAGAGACACUCUCAAAAGCAGUUGUGUGUUCGAGUUACUUGUCCCCGAUAGCCUCUGUCCCUCAUGACUUUUGCCUCACCCCUUUAUAAAGCCCUCCAAGUUGGCCGCUGUUAUGUACUGAGUUGAAUAGGAUCCAAAAUGCAGCAGUCUGAUUGGUCCUAGAACAAUAGGAUCCAGAAAGCAGCAGUCUGAUUGGUCCUAGAACAAUAGGAUCCCAAAUGCGGCAGUCUGAUUCAUCCACAGGAGCCACCCAAUCCAGCUCCAGGUGGAAGUGAAUCCGCAACCUGAUUGGCCUACAGGAGAAUCCCAGAAUUAGCCAAUCACGUGGGGCCCAUUGUGUAAAUAACGUAUAUAAAGCAGAUAUUCUGGGGGAACUUCCAUUCCUCCUCACCACUAUGAGCGGAAUAAAGAGCAUGAAAUCCGUUCUCAACUCUGAGCAUAUUUCAGUCGCCAUCAUCACACACCCCCAGGGCCGGAUUUAAGUUUGAUGAGGCCCUGAGCUACUGAAGGUAAUGGCGCCCUUUAUAUGUCCAGCUGUCCUUUGUCAACAACAAAUUGUUGCUGUUUUUUGUGUUGAAUAUAUGCUAUAUGGUAAUUUAUGGACCUAAUAGGUAUCUAAAGCCAUUUGCACAUGUUGCCAUGCAACCAGUCCAUGCAGAAUGUAGGCACCCUAUACUGUAUAUAGAAAUGAGCAAACCAGUGAUAUUUUAGGGAGCAGGCGAGCAGGCGGGGCCCAUUACUUACACAUAGGAGCCGACACAACACAAACACUGUUGCUGUAUGUAGGUUUUAUUUGUUUUUUAUCCUAUAUUUUGGAAAUGUACACCCAGUUUCUCCUCUUUUAAUUUUUUGGGGGGCUCCUAAGAGAGUGGGGCCCUAAGCUAUAGCUUGUUUAGCUUAUACAGUACGUAAACCCGGCACCGCUUGACGCCCCCCACCCCGUCUUGUGGCGGCCAGUUCCGCAGCCUAAAACCCUCCGCGCUGCGUCGACAGCGCCUUCCUCUCGCGUUAUUCGGCCUCCGGAGGGGGAAAGAAGGGAGGGCCGCCCUCCUCGCCUCUCCCAGCGGCUGAUGCCCGGAGCUGCCUCCGCCCUCGCCAGGGACUGCGGCCGCCCUGAGGGGAGCGGAGGGCGGCCCGGCGGCCUCACGCCACGCCCCUCGCGCGCCCGCCCGCCCGCCGCCAGGAGGCCGCGAAGGAGGAGGAGGAGGAGUUGGAGGCGGCGCUGCUGCUGCCGCCAUCGUCGCUGCUUCCGCGGCGCCUCCACAGGCUCGGCCUGCCCCGCUCUUUCCUCCACCCUCCCGGGCGGCCCGCGCGCCGCCUCCCCUCCGCCCGCUCCGCGCCGCCUCCUUCCUCAGGCGCAGCACGGUAAGCCCCUUCCCUCCCUCCCCUCGCCCGCCCGGCCCGGGCCUGCUCUCCCUCACGGUGGUCCCUCAGGAGGGAUUGUUGCCUACGAGACCGCCGCCGCCGCUGCCGCCGCCAUCUUGGCUGGGAGGGAAGCCCGGCCUGGCGGUGACCCCGUGGCUGAGGCAGGCCAGCUCGCCCCCGCCGCCGCCGCCUCCUCGGCGGGCCUGCGGGGUGGCUGGGCAGAGUGCGGCCUGAACGGGCUUGGGUUUCGCCUGGCGAGGGGGGGUCCAGCGGCCGGCGAGGGGAGGCGGGCGAGGGCUGGGCCUGGUUUGGCGGGAAGCUCCCUCUCUGGGGAUGGGGAGAUGGCUGGAGCCCCGGGGGAAGGGGGGCGGCGGCCCUCCGCGCAGCAUCUCGGGCCCAGACCCAAGGCAGGUCGGGGCUGCCCCGCUUUCAAACAAAGGGCAUUCAGGUGUGCUUGGAAGGAAGCGGCGGGUGCUAAGCGGCUAGCUUUCUGCGCGCAGGGCCUUUUCUCUCCUCAGGGCCAGCCCCCCCCCGGCCCAUGUACCGGUUCUGGCUGCUCCAGGAGACCUUGUCCCAGGAGGACCUUGAAGAAAGGCUUGCAGAGUCCGCUGUAGCAAAAGCAGCAGGGAGCCUUAGUUUGAUGGAGAAGGGUGAGGGGUUAAGAUAGGUCUGUUCUUGUUGAAAAAGGUGUUGUUGGAAGUGGGUUAGUUACACGUGUUUGUUGUUUUUCGUAGCAGACUUUACUGGGAAAGGGGUUGGGGUGGUGGUGGUGGUGAGUUCACAAGAGAAAAAAAAUAAAGGCCAGGAACAAGCUUUCAGCUCUCCCCCGAUGAUCUGUGCAGGGCUGCUACACUUGCAACACUACUUCAAGGUGAUCCCAGGAUAGACAACAGUUUGUAGCCAUCUCAGUUCCAUAAAUAGGAUUUAUAGAAUCAUAUAUUUGUACAGUUGGAGGAGACCCACAGUGUCAUCUUGUCCAACUCCCUGCAACACAGGAAUCACAGCUGAAGAAUCUCUGGCAGAUGGUCAUCCACCUGUUUUAAGAACCUCCGAUGAAGGAGAGCCCACCAUCUUCCAAGGUAGUCUGUCAAACAGUGUCAAACAGCUCAGGCAGUUCCUAAUGUUUAUUUUGAAUCUCCUCUCUUGUAAUUUGAAUCCAUUGGUGUGUGUUCUACCCUCAGCAGCGACUGAAAACAAUUCUUGCUUCAUCUUUCAUGUGACAGUCUUCUAGAUAUUUGAAGAUGGCGAUCAUACCACCUCUCAGUCUUCUCUAAGCUAAACAUAUGCAAGUCCCUCAACAAUUCCUCAUAAGGCUUGGUUUCCAUACCCUUGAGCUUGUUGGCCACCCUCCUCUGCACACAUUCUAACUUGUCAGUGUCCUUUAAUUGUGAUGUCCAAAACUGGACACAGUACUCUAGGUGGGGCGUGACAAGAGGAAAUGGAGUGGUCCUGUUACUUGCCUUGGCCUGUACACUAGACUUUAUUAAACGUGGAACAAGCAUUAUGUCCAUAUCCUUCCUUCUGUUUGUUGCUUAAUCAAAUAUCUUCUAAAAAUUAGUUUUAUUUAUAAGAAUAUUUAUAAACCAGUAACUCGUAAAACAACCAAGUCAGUGUACCUUAAAAUCAUUGAAACACAAUAAAGCUUUAAAAUUGCAUAACAAAUGACCAACACUAUUUAUAAAUACAAAAGGAAAUUCAAUAUUUCAAAGGCAAUAUUUAAAAAUCCUGAGGUAUUAACAUAAGAGUAUUCUAGAAAUCAUCUUAGAAUAACCUUUCUCUUGUGUGGAAAAAAAAAUGCAGGAGGCCUGUUUCUUCUCAUACACUACCAGCUGGAUGAAAUCCAUUUUCAUCUUAAAUCUGAAGAUAUACAAACAAAACAUUGAGUCUGCUGAUGGCACCCUCACAAGAACUAAGGAAUUGAAGUUAAACUGAGCACAUACAUACAAACAAAACACCUUACAGUCUUAAGACAUUCAAGUUACUGAUUGGAAGUGUUUUAUUGCUAAAACAGAACUGUUUAAUUUAAAAUUGGUCCAGUUCAGGCAUAACUAUCUGAAAACACACUUUGGUGUUUUCAGUCAGUAAUGUUUUAUUUGGGACAGGGAAACAUGUGGCUCUACAGAUGCUGCUGGACUAAAAUUCCCAUCAUCCUUGACCAUUGGCCAUACUGGCAAGGACUGAUGGGAGAUGUAGUCCAAAACAUUGAAAGACAAGCAUCUGGAGAGGCCUAAUAAAUAGGACUUCAGCCUUAGGUUACCUUUAUUGUGUAACUGUAACAGACUGAAUAUUGAACAAGUGUGUGUGUGUUUGAUUGUUUUUAAAGAAAGUCUCUCAGUAAGGUAGUUUGUAAUAAUAGUGUAGCCUGUCAGACCUUCCAUAGUCAGUUCACUGAAGGCAGCUUUCUAGCACUAAUUGGAACUCUCCCAUCAUUUGUAAGACAGAGCAGUUAGGGAGAUACAGCACUGUGCUGCUUAUAUGGAAAAAAACUAUAUUUAAAAAAAUGCACACAGAACACUUGAUCCAAAGCAAAGGAGUCCACAUUACAUUGUUUAAGAAGGACGUUAACAUUUGUAAUGUAACAGUUGCACUUUGCUUUGCCUUAUGUACACUCUAGUCAGUGAUAGCAAAAGGACAGACAAAGCUAACUAUUGGUUCUUAUAUUUUUAGCUCCUUUGCUUUGUUCCUGCGUAACCUGAGAUCCUAAUACCUUACAAUGUUAAACAUAAUGUUAAGGAUUCCUCCAUUGCCAUUUUUAGCAAGUUGUAGAGAGGAGCUUAGUGCAGUUAUUUCAGCUAAACAUUUUUUUUUUCAUUUAAAAAAAUCUAGGCAGAAGAGUUCUGUAAUUCUUAGAUUUUUACACUGUGUUGUGAGUUCUAACAAAGAUGGUAUGUUGUUACAGUGGACCAACAGAGCCAGCUGUGGUGGUGGCUGUUUGCUUUUUUUAGAUUACUGUUGUUUUCCGAGCACUGAUCCCACCGCAUCAGCUAUUACCUUAAAAGAUGCUUCCACCUUGCUGGAGUAAUGGAUUUAACAGAAAAUCACAAAAUUUUCCAGUUUCAUUUAGGGAUAUUCUUUCCUGACUGUAGUUAUGUUUUCAGAUGUUCUCAGCUUUAUGUAUCUCAAGCUUUCAUUAAGUAACUGUUGACUUCAAUAAAAACGUUACUUCAUUUAAAAUUGUUUUAUUGUAAUUUAAAAUCAUUCCUGCCAUUGGCUGCCUUGGGUGCUACUAAAAUAAUGUUAUAGAUUUGGGAGUGGGACCCCACCCCCUAAAACCUAGAUAUUAAUAAAUGGUAGGAUUUUAAUUUUUUGGGAUGUGAAGGAAGAAAUACAAACUGCAGAGGAAUCUGGCCAAGGUAAGGCCAUUAAGAAACAAUUGAGGAUCAUUGGCAAUGCAAAAUGACUGUCCUUCCCCCCUGCCCUGAGAUGUGAACAGAGACUGGGGUAAGGAAGGUUGCCAUGGUAACUCUGUAUUUGAGGGAAAGGGAAAGGGAGUCUGGUAGCAAGAGGUUCUGGGAAGGAGGAGGAGGAAGAGAGACUGGGAUCCACCUGUGGGCAGGCUGGCUACAGGCUGGCUGGGGGAGAUUCCUUGGAUUCCAGGGCUGCACUGCUGUGUGGACAAGCCCCACUUGAAAUGAUCAGUAAGAUCUGGACUUUCCCCAUUCAGACUGAAGGUGUAAAUAGGUGGAUAAACCAUAUUUCUUCAAGCUACAACAGUCUCUGCUAUGUCUCAAUUCUGCAAAGGAUCACAGAUCCUGGGUGAGUUCCUAGAACCCCAUGGGCUCUUGACACUGAUUGGCGGGGGGGGGGGGGGAGGCACUCAACUUUUGUAACAAUAAUUAUUAAAUAUGUUCUGAUUUUACUUCUGUUGAAGAAUUUAAUUCAGCUGACUGCCUUGUUUAGAUUUGCUGAUCCUCUGCUACAAAGAGAUUUCACUACCUUUCUGUUUAUCCUUCUCUUUGCUGCAUGCAAACUGCCCUGCCCCCCUGAGUGUUUUUCAAGGGACCACCACUCAUUUGUUGUGUGUAAGGUUUGUGUUCAGCUGUUUCAAUCCCUGGAAUCAGUAGUUAGAGAAGUCCUGUGUCUGAAACCCUGGAAAGCUGUUGCCACUCGGUGUAGACAAUACAGAAUUUAGAUGGACCAGUGAUCUGAUUGUGCAUAAGGCAGCUUCCUAUGUUCCAAAGUAUGGCUUGUCAACAUAUAGUUAUUAAGUCUUAAACUCUACAGUAGAGACGUGGCCAAUAUUUCGUUGUGAUAAACCUGCUCUUACUUACCUGAGGCAGAGACAAUAUAUAACUUGUGAAAUGAGGAGAUAGCAAGGCUGCUUCUGGAAAGAAACAGAAUACCCUGGAUGCAGAGGUUUAUGAUCACCACAACCCGUCACAAAUGCACUCUUUCUUGGGAAGGUACUUGAGCAGGUGCAGGAAACUUGUUGCCUUCAUCUAUUGCAGUUUAAUAGCCCUGGUUUCAAGACUGUGUUAGCCUUGGUUGCCCUAAUGAAUAAUCUUUUGGGGGGAAGUGUACAACCCUCUUGCUUCUGUUCAAAUCUUGUGGUAGCUUUUGAUACCAUUGACUACGGUAUCUUAGACUGGGUUUUGGGUUGGGAGUGGUGUUGCACUGGUUCCACUGCUACCUAUAGGACAGUUUCAGUGGGUGGCAUUGGGUUGCUGCACUUCAUCUCCUUGGCAGUUGCUCUGUGAGAUGUUACAGGUAUCAUUUUGACCCCAGAGCUGUUCAACAUCUAUAUGAAUGUGUUUGGAGCAUCAUUAGGAGAUUGAGAGUGUGGUGCCAUCAAUUUGCAUCAAUAGGCCCAUCUCUAUUUCUCUUUUAAAUCUGAGUUGGGUGUGACUAUGCAAGCCCUGCACUGGUACCUGGAUUCAGUGGUUGGCUGGAUGACGGCCAGUAAGCUUGGGGGGGGGGGGGAUUUUGACAUUACAGAGGCCUUGUGGGUGGGUAGUUCCUGGUUCUGGGAUUUGGGGAGAUUGCCUGUUCUAGAUGGAGUUGCACUUGCCCUCAAGAGACAUACGCUUAAUCUGAUGGUUAUUAAUCUUCUUAAUUGUUUUUGUAUUUGUUUAUUAAUAUGUUUUGUUUUAUUUUACAUGGUUUAUAUACCUCUUAAUCAUUAGAACCUCCAAGUGGUUUACAUAAAACCUCUAAGUGGUUUACACAAAACUAUUAUUUGUUAUCUAGUGCCACAAUGGCAGAGCUAUUUAUGGAAUGCGAAGAGGAAGAGCUUGAGCCAUGGCAACAGAAAGUGAAACCAAUUGUUGUGGAUGAUGAUGAUGACGACGAACCCAUAUUUGUCGGGGAGAUCCUGAGCUCUAAACCAUCCAAUACCUGUAAGGUGACAUUUUUUGAAAAAUACUGCUCUUAGUGAUAUGUCUUAUAUUGAAUGCUUCUGUUCCAGUUGAGGGUUUUCUGGCACCUUGUUAUAAAUGAAGAGUGCCCCAAAAUAAGUGAUUUCUGAACAACUACCAGAAUGAUUUUGCUUUUCUCUGUAACUCACAGUGGAUGAUUGGAACCUGAUCAUGUCCAUAUUUCUGACUUCAACAUAAUCUACUUUUAAUGAAGUGUGCAGUUACACCCUUAUUUUGACAGUUGAGAUAAAGGCUUACACAACUAGCACAAUCCAAGCUCCUAGAAUCCCAUUUUAAUGAAUGACUUGCUCAUACAAGUUUUAAUUUUUUAGCAAGUGUUGGAGAUGUUUUGGAAAACCCAACUGCAUAGUUGUAUGUGUGUGUGGUAAAAACUGCAAGAUAAAGAUACUUUAAUUAGACAGGCUUACUGAAGAGGACAUGGCUAUGAUUGUCCUGCUUCAUUCUUAGGGGGUAUUUGAAAGGAAUUUAGCAACUGGCUUUACUUGUGUGAAGAUUUGGGUACUUCUUUGCUGUAACUUCAUGGUGAGGAGUAGCUUGAUUUGUUUGCAUUCUCUUCCAUAUGUUCACACAAGUAUAUUUUACAUCUUUCUAGUUGAACUAAUUAACAGACUUAAACAACUCUCACUUUUUAACAGAUAUAUUGAACAGAGUCAAUCCCAGUUCACCACGGAUUGGAAUGCAGAAUGGUGCACCAAAAAGAGGUAUUCUGAUGUACUCAAUCUGGUGACUUUGUAAAACUGAACUCCUUAUAGUCUGAAUGUGGUGGAGUUUAAUAUAUUUCAUAAUUCUUUGUGGCAGGUGCUGUGGCUGUUUCUCCAGGGUUUCCCUCUGCAACAAGACCCGUAACUAGUACUCUAGCUGUUCAGCCUCAGCCAAGGGUCAGUAAUGUUUCAGGAACCUCUCAGGUCUUGCAGAGACCUCUUUCUGGGUGUUCAUCACUGCAGGAAGCAGCCAAGGCAAGCACUGGAAUAUCUCAGCCUAUCAAUAGAUCUGCCACCACUCAAUCAUUAGCAAGGAACCUCGGCAUACCUGUAAUGGCUCAGUCUCCAUCCAGGCCAGUGGCCACAGUAACAGCACAACCGGUAUCAUUAAAUCGGGUGAGAAUUGACCCUUUUAUUUUAUUCAAAGAGGGGUUUUCUUUUAUUGUUUAACUGAACAGUGCUGGCAUAACAGUACUCAUUAAAGGCUCUGAAAAUCAUUUGGUUUUGCUGACACAGCAUAGCUUUGCCUGAAAAUUAGCAUGUUCAGUAAGAGUAAUUAGGGAAAACAAACUGAUCAAAAGUUGAACUCUUCAAGACUUUUAAAACAAAAUUCUUUAAUGUUCUUAUAAUAGUAAUCAUGACUAUUCAUAUGGCCUGUAUCCUAUCAUCUUGUAACAAUUAGUCAUGCUGUCUGAGGCCGAUGUGAAUUAGAGUCUUCUGGAGGACUGUAGUUUCCUUCUCUUUGACUUUUAUAGAUUUUAGAGUUGCAAUGUUUAAUUAAUUAAAACAUUUAAUUGACUUAAAGAGCUCAGGCUGCCAAUUUAAAAGCAAACAAAUCAUUACAAGAUCUCAUAAAAAUUGCAGAUGGCAUUCCCCCCUCUCUUUUUCUUUUGCAUAGGAGGGAGAUGUCCUAUAAUAUGAUAUCUUCUCUCCAAUGAGCAUGCAUCAUCUGAAACCAAAGUUUGAAGAGUCCAUGGCACAUUCUUCACUCCUCCCUGAUUCUAAAUUGCAGAGCCAGUGAAGACUGAUUAAAUGUUUGCCUCCUUUCAGUUGCAAAUGUUUGGUUUAAUUUGCAGACUCAGUUACAUUGGAUGUGAGAAUUAAGAGGUUUUGCCAAAGACUUCUUGGAAGCAAAGAGUUCUAAGAAGGGAAGUAAAAGAGGUCCCAUUGGACUCUGUCUGUCUGUGUGUGUGUGUGUGCGCCCCUCUAUUACAAAAGAGGGGAAAAACAAAAAAUGAAAUCCCAACUCUUUCCCCCACUCUUCCCAGGACAGAUCAAUCUAGUUAGGUUUGUCUAAUCUAUUAUUUCGGUAGUUGCCAUUCUUCAGGGUUAUCAGUAAAGUAUUUUAUAUGUAAAAGGAUGCCAUCUGGCAUAUGGGACCAUUGGACUAUCGAUGAAAGAACAAAGAUCCAGGGCAGUAAUGCAUCAGGAUAUAAGAAUGAAGGACAAGGCAAGUUUCUGACUGAAUCUUAGAAUACAAGCUGUGAUUUGUACAGACUUCUACAGAAAGGAAAAUAUUUCUUUGCAGAAAUUGGGCGCCAUAUUUAGUUAGAUUUGGAUUUCGAUUUGGUUGAUUUACCUAUCAAACACAAACAUUCCUAAUUACUUUGGAUUAUUUUUUAAACCCUACUGAAUUUAUGCUUAUGAAGGUAGCAUUAAGUGUUGUUUUUGAAAAGAUAACCCAAAAAGAGAUUACUAAUUGGAAUAUUACAGCUGAGCUAAUUAACAAAUUCUUUGCAGGUUAUACCGAAUAAUCCUUUGCCUGUAGCUUUUGAUUUAAGGCAAAAUUCAGGAGUAACUCAGUGCCAGAGUGGAUCUGCAGUGACUAAAACAGGUAUGACUAGUACAUUUUCAAAGUUUAUUAUUCAUAUCAUUAAAAGCAAAUCUAUAAUAAAAAGAAAAAAGAAGCAUUGCCAAAACAACCAAUAAAAUGCGUUUUCCUGUUUUUUGGGGGGAGAGGAGAGGCGCUUUUUAAAUUGUGCAUACAUUUGGUGCACUAGGAUCAUAAUGAUAAAUUAAGGGUUAUUGGACAUAGUUGUAAUGAUCCUCGAAGUAAAGAGGAUUGCUUGAGCCUCCAUAAUUAUAACUAAUAUAAAAACAGACAUUGAAAUCCUUAUUCUGGCACCUGACUGUAUUCUUGAAGAGGUGUUUUGAUGAUGGAGUUGCUGGUCUUCUGAUAUGCAUUGUCUGCAAGGUUUUUGAACAUAAGGCAUCUUUAUUUUAGACUUCCUCUGAAUUCUUGGUUGAAUUUAUUCUAGCUUUGCAGCCCCCCCCCCUUACACAGAGGUUAUGUUCCGGGUGCCCACACACAUAAAUGAAAUUGCAUAAAUUGGGGAGCACCCUCUAUAAAGCCUCUAAAUGCCUAUUUCCCCCUGCUCUACAGUUCCUUUUCCAUACAACUCUCUCUUCAAUUAGAGUUGAAGCUCUGGGGCCAGUAAGAGGGCGUGUGGGAAAGUGGCGGGUGGCAGCUGGUGCGCUUCGCCACACAUCAGCUGUUAGGCAGGGAGGCUGAGCAGCCUGAACAAAGCCCCGCUGCACCUUAGGUCUUUUGAGGGCUUCAUCUGCCUUCACUGACAUCCUCCUCUGGCUCCGGGGAGGCUUUCCUCGUGAGCCACAAGAACUCUCCUGCCAUUUCCAGGUGUGAUUCUAUUUAUUUAUUUAUUUCCCAGCACCAUGUAUGUAUGCAGUCACAUGUGAGUAUUUAUUUCUUUGCUAGUGUGCUACUGAUACGUCAUUCUAAGUUUAUUAUACUUGCCUGCUGCUUGCCUAGUUCCAACUGAGAUGCUAAACUGUGCAAACCUCCACCUGCAGACUUCUCAUAACUGAUGGCUCUUCCAUAUCGGGGGGGGGGGACUUUGAGGACGGCCAGAUUAGAACCAGACUUCCUAAGUGGCCAGUUUUCUACAUGGUGAUAAUUUAUUUUUAUUUUAUUUGUGGAGGAGCAUUCAGCCAUGUAAGCUCCUUGUAAUAAUGGCUAUAUUUCACCUUCAGAAUUAGAGACAGCAUGCUUCUGCAUACAAAUUACCGAGGGAAAACCUUGAAGGUGGUGGUGGUGCAUCCAGUCCUGGAAAAAAACCAUCCUGGGCCCAGAGGUUUAUUCUAACUACCUCCUGGUCACCAGUCUGGGUUCAUGCCUUGUUUUGAGACAGAAUCAACCUUGGCUGUCUUGAUGGAUGACUUUCUUUGGAGGAGGAAUAGCGAGAGUUCAACCCUGUGGAAUCUUCUGCAUCACUGAGUGGCUUUUGGGAUCCUUGACUUUACGGUGACAUCCUCCUGCACUAUCUCCAUGUGUUAGGAGCCGUUUUAUGGUGGUUUCACUCCUACAGGGUUGGUUCCAGAGAGUAGUAUUGAGUGACUGUGUCCUGGCCCCUUGGCAGUUGAUUUGUGUGGUUGCUGCAGAGCACAAUUUUGCCCACAGUGCAAUUUAAUAGCUAUAGCAUUUGGGAGAAGAUGUCACCAUUAUGUUGAUGAUGGUCAGCUCCAUUUCUCUAGAACUUGUAAAUCAGGAGACGCUGUGCAUGGGUUGGAUGAGGGCUGCAUCCAGCGGCUGCAGCUGGAUCUAAUAAGGUGGAGACCAUACGGAAGAGUGGUUCCCAGGUCCAGGCAUUAAGUUAUAUACCUGUUUGGAUGGAGUUGCACUCUCUGAAGGAGCAGGUGCAUCCUUUGGGAGUGCUCCUGGAUCCAUUGCUUUCACUAGGGGCCCAGGUGAACUAAUUAGUCCCUGCUAGAUAGUGAUAGCUUUACUGCAGUGGUCCAUGCAUUAGUAACAUCACAAUUAGACUACUGUAGAAGCACUGUAUGUAGGGCUACUUUUGUGCCUGACUUGGAAACUACAGCGAGUGCAAAAUGCAGCAGCUCAGUGAGACCUCCAGGUUUACGCAUAUUACACCAGUGUGAAAAAUCUGAACUGGGCGCCUAUUAGCUACUAAGCCAAGUUGAAGGUUUAUUACAAACGUUUAAAGUUGUAAACAACUUGGGAUCACUGUAUCUAGCAGAACCCCUCUCCUGCCCUGGUACAGACCCAGCUGAUAUUUUAAGAUCCUUUAAGGAUACCUUUGCUGGUCAUUCUGCAUUGUCACCAGUUUAAGGUGCCAUUUGGCAAUUAGAUUGUAUAUCUGAGUUUCUAACACUGCAUCUGAGGUCCUUUGUGUGCCUCCUCCAUGGGACAUCCGGGGGACAUCAACACAAUACAUUUUUUUCUGAAGCAGCUCCCCGUUUGUGAAGGCUCACCUGGCACCUUCGUUACAUAUCUUUAGGCACCAGGCAAAAACAUUCCUCUUCGCCCAGGCUGUUGGCUAAUUAAGCAGUCUACAGCCUUUUAAACUGUAGGUUUUUUUGUUUAGUUUGUUAUCGUGUUGUGUAUUUUGUAUUUUUAUACUGUAAACAACCCUGUGAAACUCAGACAAAGGGUGGUAUAUAAAUUUAACGACAACAACAGUAAGGCAGGCUCCUGCAACCUCAGUACUGCUUUGAAUUCUAGACAUGGCUGAGAACUGGAUAUGGGCCUACUGGUGGAGGCUGAAGUAAUCAUGGUUACUGGAUUAACUGGAUUCAGCCCUUCUGGGCCUUCUUGAAAGCAUGAGGAGCUCCUGAAUUUGUUACUGGAUUGUUUCAGUGGGUAGGAGCGGGGCGUUCCAGAGUGGGGUUGGGGCGGUCUGCUCCAGGUGCCAUUCCAAAGGGGUGUGUGUGUGUUAAAAUGCCAACACCCAAUCGGCAGCACCUCGGACGAGCACCGUUCUGGGUGCUGGAGCAGGUUGCUCUGCCUCUGGGUAGGAGCAGCUGCACCAACUUUUGUCUGGUGGGAAAAGUGCAUCUCUCAUUGUAAAGCUCAGAUCACAGCAGAUUUUCACCUGGUGAUAGCCUCCAAAACCUUGCAAUGCCCUUUGCCUUGGACACCCUUGGACUAGUCAGAAACUUCAGCUAGAGUUGAAUGUAGCAGGCUGUCUCACAGUGGGGUAGUGGAUGGAGCACAUGUCAGUGAACUAGCACAUUAACUGGUUAUGAUUCAAGAUGCUGGUUUUCACUUUUAAAUUCCUAAAAAGCUUUGGAUCAAUGUUCUUGAAGCCUUGUUUCCUCCUUUCCUUGUUCUCUUGCAUUUCAUUGUGAUCUUUUAAAUCAUCCGCUAGUGCCUGCUCAGUAAAAAUAACAGUUUACCAAAUUAUGUGCUUCUGUCUUGAAUAAACUCUUGAUAUGUCUACUGAUGCUGAAUGGCAUGUAUGUCCUAAAGCUAAUAAAACAAUCAAAUUUAAUUAAUUCAAACAAAUAACAUUUUGCACAGUUGUUAUGACUUGAUAACUCUGCUCACAGUGACCUUGCAAAAUACGGUUUUAUGGGUUGUGCCAUUUUUGUUGACGAUUGUACUCAUUUCUGGGAUGCUGAUUUCCUGCUCUAAGAUAAAUUAGUCAAGGUUAGAGGACUUUGACUCCUCCACAAAGGCAGUGAUCCUCCUAAUUCUACCACACCUUGAAGGACUCUGCAGCUUGAAGCAGCUGGAAUCAGAGUAUUGGAGAAGAAAACAAGUCAAGGCUUGCUUCAGUUGGUUUUAGCAAUCGUAUAUUAAAUUAAGACUUACUUAAUUUUCAAAACUAUUUGUAGGCCUGUCCAAGCGUCCUUCCACUUCUGAAGCUCACAGUAUUAAUCCAAAAAAGCCCAAGGCUGAUGAGGCAGUUUCUGGAAGUGAUUCACCUUCAGUUAUAUCUCCAAAUGACACAUCAUUGCUUCAGAAAGGUAGGGAAGCGUCUUAUUGUCCCAGCUGUUACAGCAUUUUCAUGAAGAGAUAUAUCAGAAAUGUUUUUUCAAAAACAGAACAGAUGGUCUUUACAGGGAAAAUUAAGUGUCAUUGGUGCAUUGGUGCGGCAACUUUCCCAGUCCAAGAAGAAUUCCACAGUUUUUGGUGCAAAGGGUGACUGUUUAAAAAUGUAAGAAUAACUUUCUAGAACAAUGAGAGAACAUGUAAUGUAGGUGUAGAAACCUGGGGCAUUGGACCUAGGAAGCCAGAGACAGGCAGGUACCACUCCCUUGCCCCAGGCAAAGGUGGGAGGCUUCCACAGAGAGGGCACCCCAACUGGGGAUCCAGGGGCGUAGCAUGGGUUUUUAGCACCCAGGGCAGGACAAGUGUUGCACCCCCUUGGUGGACUGGGCAGCUGGGGUGGAGGUGUACACCAGGGGGUGCACACCCUGAGCUCUUGUCAACAGAACCUGUGAGGACCAAGCGGUAAGCAGCUCUCGGUGACCACUCCCUGAAACACAGAUGGGAGCGUUAAAAUAAGCUACUUUCAAAACUUCUUUGUGGGAGGGUGUUGCUGGUGGCCUGUAUGUCGCUUUGCAGUCACUUCCGCACCGUCCUCAGCUGAAAAAGCAACUCUAAAAAUAUCAUUAAAAAUGGGAGGGCAAAGGGCCUGGACAUGCACCAAGGAGCUGUAUGGUGCCAUAUUGGGAACUCCAGGUAUAAGGUGGCCAUUUUGCCUAGAAUACACCCCCCGCAAAUGUUGGCUGUGUCCCUAAUAUGCUUACUUUGCAUUCACAUCCAGAGUACAGAAAAACAAUGAGAGAAAUACGCUUGUAUAAGUGUGUUGUUUGAAGGUGCACAAUGCAGUGUGAUUUUCAAUUAAACUGAGGGUGAAACAUCAGGGCUUAGAUUGAAACAUUUUAAAUUUAGGCCAUGCUGGAAAUAGACAAACAUGGUACUGAGCAAAUGCCAGUAUUCCACCAAGCUGCAGAGCAGAAAGAGAGAUUGGGUGGUGGGGAAGAGGAAGGGAAGUGGCAAAGUUUUGACUGCUAGCCAUGCAGCAGAGAGCUUUUCUUUCUCCACACAGAUUUAUACUUAAGGAUUUGCUAUGGUUAGGUUUCUUUUUUUAAAAAAAAGCAAACACAGGCUUGCUGUUUCAGUAAUGGUUUUCAAUUGAAGAUAGGCAGGACUGUACCAUUAGUUUUAGCAGGUUAGUGAAGGACUUCUCCUGCAUUUAUAUAUUUAUUAAGCUUCAGGGGAAACUGAGUGUUGUUCACUCAGGUUUGUUUGAACAGAAGAGAGUGAGGCCAGAGGCCAUUCAAUGCAGGAAAGCAGCGUCGCUCCCACCACCUGCUUCCCCUGCCGUUGCCUUUUAUUUGCUCAGGGUGGGAAGUUGCUGCCACCCAUUUGCCUCACUUUCUCCCAGCACCCUGCUCUGAUUCUGCCCCUUGAUCUGGCAUAUCCCUGGCCCCCAAUUACCUGCCUCCACGACUUUGCGAGGAGGCACAGGGGAAGCAAGACAGAGAACAGAAGCUCCUCACUCACUUGCAGCCUUCCCUUCAGCUCUAGGAAUGACAGCUUUUCUGCUGCUAUUAACCCUUGCAGAACUGAGCAGUAGGAACCUCUUUGCUGGUCCAGGCAGAGAGUGAGGAGAGGGACAAGGGACACUUGCGGGGUUUGCAUUAAUGAGGGAACCUGUCUCGGGGGUACCUGGAAGCACCUCUCUGAAAUGUGUGCUGGGGCAAUUGCCCCCUUGCCCUGCCUAUGUUAAACCUCUCUUUGUGAAUCCUUCUCUUUACAAGGAGUUGCUUGGUAUCUACCCAUCUUACCAAGCUUUAAAGAUUGCACUUUAAUCCUGUCAACUGUUUUAUACCAUUUUUAUGAUUUUGUACCUUUUAGUAAUUUCUAGUUUUUGUAUUUAUACGUUAAUCGAUUUAUUUUUGCAAGGCCCCCAGAGGAUUGAUUUAUUUUUGCAAAGCACACAGAGAAUAUAAAGUGUAAAAAUACUUACAAAUUUAAGAGUCUUGGAACAUAGCAACUGAUUUUGAUAGCAUGUAGAAUGCAAUUAUUCUCUCAAAGUUAUCACCCUUUCAGAAGGCCCAUGGAUGUAAGCAUUGCUGUGUUCGACCUAAGAGCUCUUGAAGCAGCAGGUCAAGCAUAAAUAUAAGUCCAAAAAGUAAUUAGGUUACUUUUGCAUAUCUACAUUAAUUAGUGAUAACAAAUUGACAGCCUGCAACAGAAAAAAUUCUUUCCGUUUACCAAAACUACAGUUCUUGUGCCACUUGGGGAAAUGUUUUGCUUGUUACAGGCAAGCUAUCAAAUGACUUACAUGUUGCCUUUUGAGGAAUAUGCACACAAAGAGAUGAGGCUUAAAAAGAACUAAUUAUACUGUUACUCGUUAUAUAUCUUAUCUGCUUUUGUUGGUGAACUCUGUAUGUUUGUCAUAGUUACUCAAGCGGUACAUCAUAAAUUUGAAGAAAGUGUCUGUUCAGAAGUGAUAAUUAAGUCAUAGGGUAUACUUUUCCUUUUUACAGGUAUUGCUUCGAGCAAUGUUAAGCAUGGAGCACCUUUUCCACAAGCAUGUCCAAAGUGUAAUAUUCAUUUCAAUCUUUUGGAGCCAUUAAAAAAUCACAUAAAGGUAAGGACCUGUUUUGGCAGAGGAAGGGGAACAAAAUGAAAUCAUAGAUGUGGCAUUGAGAAUUAAUACGUUUUAAAGAUGAUAGAACUUCAGAGUUAAUUAUACUUAAGCAUGUAAUGGUUCUGGUUAGUUGCUGUUCUGGGUGCUUUGAACAUUAUCCGCCUUCAAAAGCAAAUUUCAUGCCUAGCUGUCAAGAUGAUAAAUAAGAAUGGAAGAAGGGCCUGGCUGCUGAGUCGUGCCAAAGGCCCAUCUAGCCAAGAACUCUGUUCUCCCAGAGGCCAACCAUUGCCCUUUGUGAGAAUCAUGAUUUUUGCUUUUAAAAAAUAACUUCGUUUUGCAUAUUAAUUUUUUUGGCUGCUUGUGGUUUUCCCUGUGUGAAGAGCACUUUAAAUGGCAGAAUGUUCAGCUACAGCAUUUUCUGUUUGCUGUGUUUGUUUCUAUGUAUGUUAUUAAGGAUAUUGUAACUCUUAGAGAAAAUACAUAUUAAAUUAAGCUGACUAGUAUUACCCCUGUUAGUACAGAGUUAAAAAGAAGUUUGGGAUUUAUUGUAUAAAUGUGCAGAAUUCUGUACAGCUUGAAUCUGUUAUUUAGUAGCCCCUUCCCUUGAAACCAUUCCAACUUCAUUAUAAAUAUAUUAUGAAGAGAUCUUAAAUUUUCUCUCUUGUUGCUUUUGAUUCUUUGCAUUGCUUUCUUAUAUGUACAUCCCAUAGAAGUCAAAGCUGGUGCCAUUGUUAUGUAAUGCAUAGUAAGCUAAAGAUGCAUUUUUAUAACAGAUGGUUUAUGGAAUUGGGGACUCCAUCAGUAUUUAUGCUAAUCACAUUUGGGUGGAAUUAAGUACCCUUGAUCUCAAGUUACAAAACCGUUACAAUUCUAGGUGUGUUUCCUUAGAAGUUAUCUGAAAUCUGUGGCCCUUGCUUUGUUACAAAUGUGUUAAAACUUCCGGCCCCACUUACAUACAUUCAACUUACCUAGGCUCAAAAUAUCAGGUCUUGGGUUGGGAGGGGAGGGUUUACAAACAUAUUUUUGUUAGGUUCUAGGCUAUACUUCAGUUAUUUUCUUUAAAAGAGAAAAUGGUUUAGUUGUCCUUUAAUUUGCUUCUCUUUCAGUAUUGCUGUCCAGAUAUGGCACAUACCUUUCUGGGAAUAACCCAAACAGACAGUUCAGGGACAUCAUCUAAAAUGGCUGAAACUGAAAAAGGAAAACUGAUCAUGUUAGUUAAUGACUUUUAUUAUGGCAAACAUGAGGGUAACGUCCAGCAGGUGCGUCAGGAGCAGAAGACACAUACGACCUUCAAGUGUGCCAGCUGCAUGAAGCUUCUCAAAAGCAAUAUCAGGUAUUUUUAUAUCCUGAAAAAUGUAUAUGUGAUAAAAACUUUGGGCCCAGGUUUGGCUAGUGUGUAGCUCACAGUGUCACUGUAAGACGUCUAUAGGUAGUGUUUUCCCCCGUUGUUUUUGUUUUUUUGUGCAAAGCUGAUUUUACAUUCUUUCACAAAAUGGUGUUUUCCUAAUGCUACACUCAGAACAGUCUGAAGAUCAUACUAGAGAUUGAGAGUUGAUCUUUGGGAGUCCUUUCAUAAGAGAGAAAUGUAAUCCCUGGGAAUGGGGGAGUGACAGUGUUUCUCGGGAGAAGCUGCCCUAUUUUUCAUUUAUAAUCUUUGAGAUCCCACUUGCACUAAUCUGCUUGAAAUGAUAAAUAGUGAUAGCAGCGUAUUUUAGGUUACUGGUUUUUCUUUCCCUCUAUUUCCUUCCACGUGUUUGAGGAGCUUGCUCAGAGGAAGGCACUGCAGUCCAUUAAAGGGCAUUUUAAAAAACAUAAUAUGCUAAAUAUGUGUUUAUGGCAGUGUCUUUAGCACCUGUCUAGUUUAUUCAUUAAUGUUUUUUUUUUUAAAGUGUGGUCUAUUGAGCUGUUCUUUGUGUCGCUCCCAGGUUUAUGAACCACAUGAAGCAUCACUUGGAGCUGGAGAAACAGAAUAGUGAGAGUUGGGAAAGUCACACCACCUGUCAGCACUGCUACCGUCAGUUUCCAACACCCUUCCAACUCCAGUGCCACAUCGAAAGCAGCCAUACCCCUCAUGAGUCAUCAAGUAAGUUUCUCAGAUGCUGUGUCUUGUACAGCAGCCAUCAGUCUAGAUCAGAGGUAGUCAACCUUUUUAUACCUACCACCCACUAAUGCAUCUUUCUUGAUGCUAAAAUUUCCUUACCACCCACCAGUGCUCGAUGGGAGGAGAAUUCAGCUUGUGCUGUAGAACUCCCUACCACCCACCCAGAAUCUUGAAACGCCCACUAGUGAGCGGUAGGGACCAGGCUGACGACUCCUGGUCUAGACGGCAGCCGUGCUAUUUUGUCAUGGUGGGGGCACAUGCACGCUGCCCUAGUUGGGGCAUGGGCAUGCAGCAGCUCAAAGAGAUAUGGGAUAUUAUGGUUAGAAACAUUUGACUUUUGCAGCUUAAAAGCAUUUCUACUUUUCAUUGGGAGCAAAGUAAUAGGCAACUAUUUUUGCCACAGCAUGAUUUAAAAAUUAGGCUGCCAAAAGACUUGAGAACUGUCCUUGGAUUAAUAGGCACCAUCUACUUUGUCCUCCACCGUGGUUCCGAUUAAGAAAAAAAAGUUCACCUCUUGUUUCUGCUCUUUUCUAGCUCUAUGUAAAAUAUGUGAACUAUCUUUUGAAACCGAGCAAGUUCUUUUGCAGCACAUGAAGGACAAUCACAAGCCCGGGGAGAUGCCCUACGUCUGCCAGGUACCUCAGAGCAUCCUCCCCCUUGUGCAUGGCUGUUUGUCAAAGACUUGUUUCUAAAGAAUGUUGCUUCAAGGCAGUCCAUCUCUUUUUCCAUUCUAGGUGUGCAAUUACAGAUCAUCAGCAUUUUCAGAUGUGGAAAAACACUUUCGAUCUGUUCAUGAAAAUACAAAGAGCCUGCUGUGCCCAUUUUGCCUCAAAGUUAUUAAACUUGGGGCACCAUAUAUGCAUCAUUUCCUGAGACACCAGGUAAAAAUACUUGAUUAUCUUUGGAGUAUAAGCACUAGGCAAGAGGGAUGUAAGAUGUCUCUGCAGAAGCAACUAGUAGCUAAUAAAUUGUUAAUCCCCCUCCCUCCCCCCAAGCCCUGGUCUUCUAUAAGUUAUGGUAACAAUAGAGCUUAGAGCCUUUUCCACAGUGAACAUUUGCUGACCAUUAGCAUACUUGAGAAAAGUUCAGCUACGUUCACAAAGCUCCAGAUGUCAAUUUAAAGUUGAAUAUGGCUAAUGCAAAGGGUUUUUGUUUUUUUUAAAAAAAUGUUUCCAAGGUGAGAUGGUGGCAGACAGAACUUGGAAGAAGUGUUUGAUAGUAGGAAUGGAUGGUGCCUUAACCUAUACUGUUUUCUUGCAAAGGUUUGGUUUAAGCAGCUGGAAACUAUAUGCUGUAUCCAACAUUCUGUGUCUGCUAGUGUGAUUGUGAGUUUUAAUCCUGCCUAACAGGAAUCCAGUGCAACAGUUGUGCUAGUAGAAACUCACUAUGCAGCGCAUUGCUGGUAACUUGGUUCCUUCUUUGGGGCAGCAAGGUUCCCUUGGUGCAAACAUUUCACUAGUGGAACAAGUGUACUUAACAUCACAUUCGAUACAACCUUAUGUGAUGGUGUGUAAUUAAUGUGAAUUGUUUGUGAUUAUUUUCUAUCAAUAACUUAGUACAGGAUUUUGUUGAUACUGAAUACAGUUAGUCCUUUAUUGCUUGCAGCCACUGCUCAUCACUUUUGCACUGUUUAUGUUUUUGAAACCUCCUGGAAUGUUAAGCUUCUAUUAUCCAUUUCAUCAGUAUGUUUUGGCUUAAAUAUAUUUUUCUUUUUUAAAAAAAGAAAAAGGGAGUACAUCGCUGUACCAAGUGUAGACUCCAGUUCUUGACAUGCAAAGAAAAAAUGGAUCACAAAUCUCAGCAUCACCGGACAUUUAAAAAACCUGCUCAGUUAGAGGGAUUGCCUCCAGGAACCAAAGUAAGCUUAAAGCAUCAUGUAAUGUUUAUUCUGAAAAAUGGCUACAGGGAAAUGGCAGGAGAGAGUGGUGUGUGUUCAUGUGUGUUCCCCACUGCUGCUGGGUUUUUUUGUGGGGAGGGGACUUGAAAAUCAUUCUAAGGCUCUCUAGAGACUUGCAAAAGGGUUCAACUCUAGGCACCUUUUAACAACAUUUAAAACCUUCCUGGGACUCAGAUUUAAAUCUGCAGCAGACAGGGGUCUUCUUUGUGGUGGCAUCUGCUCUGUUCUCCUGGAUUUGCAGAAGUUCAGUCCUCCUUGGGUUGCCUGACCUGACCUUAGGUGGGUGACCAGCUACAAAUAAAUUUGGACAUACACUAUGCAAAACAGAUACAGUGGUGCCCCGCAAGACGAAUGCCUCGCAAGACGGAAAACCCGCUAGACGAAAGGGUUUUCCGUUUUCAAUGCGCUUCGCAGGACGAAUUUCCCUAUGGGCUUGCUUCGCAAGACGAAAAUGUCUUGCGAGUCUUGAGAUUGUUUUUUCGCUUCCCCCCCCCUUUUUCUAAGCCGCUAAGCCUUUAAUAGCCUUUUAGCAGCUAAUCCCCUAAGCCACUAAGCCUUUAAUAGCCGCUAAACCGCUAAUAGCGCUAAUCCGCUAAGCCGCUAAUAGGGUUGCUUCGCAAGACGAAAAAACCACUAGACGAAGAUACUCGCGGAACGGAUUAAUUUCGUCUUGCGAGGCACCACUGUAGUUUCAGCCAUCAUGGACCCUUUAAUGGAUUUCCCCUUGCUGUGUUUGUGUGCUUUAUAUGAAUAGGUGGGAGGGGAGUUUGCACAUAGGUGUGUGUGUGUUCGUCAUUGCUUUACUGUGUAUUGCAGCACAGGCUCUAGCUGUGGUUGGAUGGGCAAUGAUCUCAUGGUGGGCAUACUGCUAGCCAUUGCCUCUGACAAAGUAGUCUGAGGGUCACAAUAACAGAAUUGUAGCAUUGGCAGGUACACCAAGGGUCAUUUAUUCCAGCCCCCUGCAGUGCAGCUUGCUCAGAACUGCUCAGCCUUGUGUCAUCCAUGCAGUCUUCUUGCGAGUCUUUUCAGCAAGAUAAAUGAUUGCCAUUCAUUUAGGAGAGAGUUAACCGGGUCUCAUGUUUCUAGGUUACCAUCAGAGCUUCUGCUGGAUCUCUUCAGCCUGGAUCAGCGACUGCAUCUCCUGUCAUCCCAAGUGCGUCUACUUUACACUUGUCCACCAGUGCAGCUAAAGUGACAAAUGCUAAAACGACUCAGAACAAAGCGAAUGCAAAUAAAGUAAAGCCAAAAUUGAAGCCAUUGAGCGUACAGAAAAAGCAAGGUCUGGGGACCACCCACAAUAACAGUUGUAGCAGCAGCAGCAGUAGCAGUGGCGGCGGCAGCAAAAGAAACAAUAAAAUUGCAAAUACAGCAUUAAAUAAUCUAAGGUAAGUCUUCUGGUAGCUUUCCAGAGUGUAGUUUUGAAUGUUAACUGAUUGGAAUAAAAAAGGAAAUAGAACUUGAGUUCUUCUGAAUCAAUAGAAUGGUAACAAGAUUAAUUUUGACUAGAAUGGCCAACUGUUUGGGCCUUGUUCAGUGGGUGGGUAUGUUCUGAUCGUUAGAGGGUUGGCGAUGCAAGUGUCACUUGGAUCAGUUCCCCAGUAUAAGGGUUACCUUUCUCCCAAAUAGGACUUUUAGAGGCAGCAGUUUAAGUAGGAAUUUCUUUCAAUAGAUCAGCUUAAGGACUGUACAAGUAACAUCAGUAUGUUUUUUCUUCAAUUAUGUAGGUUUUUAAACUUAAGUGCUAUCUGCUUUCAAACACUUAGUGUCAGCAGAUAGCUUAAUGUGGACUUUCUAGGAUACACAGUAGGCUUAACUGAGCCAGCCUAAGACAGGGACUGGCACUGGUUCCUUUAAAUUCCCAAAGCUUCCCCACUCUGCUCCUUUCUUUUGCUGUGACUGGCUAAAUAACCAUGGCUAUAGACGUGUGUGCACAAGAGAGACUCUUUGCCCAAGAGCAUGUGCCUCUGUAGGGAGACAUUAUUGGCAUAGUGAGAUGCAGUGAGAUAGAAUCAGAGUUGUUGAGUUCCAAGUGUCAUCUAGUCCAACCCCCUGCAAGGAAUCACAAUCUCUUUGUUCCACUGUCAAACAGCUCUUACCAUCAGAAAGUGCUUCUUAAUGUUUAGUUAGAAUUUCCUUUCUUAUAACUUUUGCAGCCAUUGAUUUGCAUCCAACCCUUUGGAGCAGCAGAAAACAAGCUUGCCUCAUCUUCCAUGUAACGGCCCUUUAGCUAUUUGAAGAUGGUUAUCAUAUCUCCUCUCAGCCUCCUAUUAUCCAGGCUAAACUUACCCAAUUCCCUCAGCCAUUCCUCAUAAGACUUGGUUUCCAGACCCUUGAUGACCUUGGCCACUCUUAUCUGCACACGUUCCAGCGUGUCAAUAUCCUUCAUAAAUUGUGGUGUCCAGAACUGGACACAGGACUCCAGGUGGGGUCUGAUCAGAGUCUUGUAUUGGUUCUCAGCUACAGUAGCGGUAAAAACUCUGCAGAUAAAAGACAUUUACAGUAAAAACAGUCUCGGGCAUGUGCCUGAGCUGGAGCCACGUGGAGGGUGCCUCUGCCCCAUUGCUGAUAAAAGCAAGAGAGAGGAAGAUGUUCAUAUGAAGAACCUUUGACAGUUGCAACCUGUGUACACAUUUUCAAACCUUUUCCACUGCUUUCAGUUGGUUAAGCAUUGCAAACCUGUUUGCCCAGUAUCCAUAAGGCCUUGAAGUAAAGAAGGCUAUUUUCAGAAUGCCAUAUGCUCCUUGGAGCUUCCCAGCUGCCCUUCCCACUUCGUCCCCUUGUGCCACAUUGACUCCCACCGUGGAAGGUCCUCUGGAAAGCCUCUUUCUAAAGAUGGGGCGACAUUAUAAAGCAGAAUUCAAAAGCCAGAUUAUUUUUCUCCAGGCCAGUGAUAUUAACUAAGCAAGCUUUUCUGGAAAUAAUGAUUUGAAAUGGGAACUACUUAACUUUUUUCUUAAUACUGCAUACUAAUUCUGACAUUGGUUCAUAUUAGAUGCCCGAAUAUUCAGAAGUGCAUUGAGUGUUAUUCUGAUAUAAGGACAUUCGCCAGCCACUUUCCAGCCUAUGUUCGCUGUAGUUUAUGCAGAUACAGCACAAGCUGCAGUAAAGCCUACGUGAAUCACAUGAUGAGGUAGGAAAUCUUCAGCUUCAAGUUGUUAAAUUAUGUCUGUAGUUUGUUUCUGUUCUGGUAGAUUUCUGCUCUUUUUAUAUUGCAGCAAGUCUGUGCCUCAGUGCAACCCUAACACCACCUCCUUGUGUGGGCACUGACCCUAACCAGGAUUACUCCUGGGUAGGUUUCCCCCUUAAAAAAUAUUUGAAACCUGUUUGUUGGUGGUUGAAAGCCUGGUUAGCGUUCAGUGUGGUUAAAGCUGAGGCUGGGGGCUUGUGCUCAGGAAGAGAAGAGGCAGGCAAGGAGCAUACUGUCUCUCAGCCAGUGCUAUACUGCAAUGCCACAGCUGCAUUAACGGAAGAUUGGGGCUCUGCAUGGCUUUAGUGUCCUCUGUUCCAUGAUUUAUAAAUUAGCAUUUAUGCUUUUUUUAAAAAUAAAUGCUAGGCUGCUUUCUUCCACUAAGGAACUCAAAGCAGAUUACAGCGUAAAAAUAAUAAAAGCAAUACCAGAGCAGCACAAUAAAAUUCUGUAAUAAAAUCAGUAGUCAGAAAAGCAGUGAAGAAAAUCCAGCUUAUCAGAAGUAAAAAAAACCUUCAGUUGAUUUAGCCUUCCCCAGAGAUCUCUUCAAAGAAUCAGGUUCUCACCUGGUUCUGGAAGGCCUUCCUAGGGAGAGCAUUCUGAAGAAUUGAUGCCACAACUGAAAAAGCUCCUGUUCCUCGUGCCCAUUUUAAAAAAAUCAGGUUUUGACCUAGAGCAUAUGGGUGAACAGGGUGCUUGAAGGCCAAAUUUUUCUCCCAUUUCAAAGAGGGAAAACUUCCUCCAUGUGAACAUACUUACUGAAGUGAAGGCACUUUAACAUUUCCCAGACAUUUUUAAAAGUAUUGCCAUUUUAACAUGCUACAAUUUGUUAUAUUUUAGCUUUUUGUAAACCCACCCUGGAAGCACUGCUUCUGCUCUCCUCUCAAAAGUUGCUCUGGAGGAAUCUCCGGUUCUUAGCAGAGGUGUCUGGAUAGUGGCUGAAAUCAGUGGCACACCCUCCUUCGCUAGUAGAAGCAUCUCCAGUCAUGCAGCAGAAUCUUUGGGCUCAGGAAUGACUAGACACUGCUUGUUUCUAUACCUUAGAUUGCAGUCUUAUUGUUUAAUGUUGUAUUAUAUGAUAUGGGGGGACGGGACAUUUCUUUGAGAAGUCCAUUUCAGCUAUUUUAUUAUCUUGUAGUUUUCACAGCGCUCGACAAAGUAAACGAUUUUGGAUUUAUAAGACUCAUUCAGAAGAUCUGAGGUAACCAUCUCCUUUUUCUUUUUUAAGGUGUACAUUUUUUGCAACAUGCAUCACAGUCCUUGGAUAAGUCCCGCUGUGUCUAAUGAGGCUUUCUCCCCAAGUGUAUUUCAGAUUGCAAUUUCAGUUACUGCUGAAUUGGAUUUAAGAUGUGCGCAUCUUAUCUGGAUUCCAUCUAACUUUUAUUUCUUAUAUAAAGCUUUGUUUUCAGAAUGCAAAGCUUUCUUCAUAAAAUGAGACAACCCUAAACUAAUAUCCAAGCCAAAAUUCUUGAUUUUUCUGAUGUUUUGAGAUGUGAUACUGAUUCUUUUGUUUGUUAAAUUUUGCUCAUCAUCAUGAUUUGUUGUUUUGAAUCCAUUUUUCCACAUAUCAGCAAUUUCACAGAUCCAGAAGUUAUAAGGAAAACCAUCAAGGGAGGGGCGGGCACUGAUAACUUUGCUUACCGAAAAAAGUACAACCUUUCCUUCUGUAGUCUUGUUCUUUCAAAUAAUAUUAUUCAUAUAUGCAAUGCUUAUGAAAAAUUCUUGGAACGAACAUGUGUACCAGCUAGUAUGUAAUGAGUUAUAUGUAUAUAUUAGUCCAGUGCAGGGUUGACUUCACAUGACAUGGUCAGAAGAAGCUUUUGUAACCUUUUGCCUCCCUUGCACUCAGGGUUACUUCUUCCUUUUCCCCUAGGGGUGUUACUCUUGUUUGUCUUAAUUGUGAGUUCCUGACUGAUGCUUCCGGCUUGGAUAAUAUGGCUACGCACUUGAACGAAAACCUUACUCACACUUGUCAAGUGAUUAUCGAAAAUGGUAUGUGGCUCAUGUACCUCUGACAUAAGCCAGAUGUUAGCCUGUUGUCUUUCUGUUGGUUUUUAACACUACUGAUCUUCUCUUUAAUUCCAGUUCCCUCGGACUGUCUGGUUGCCGACAACAUUUCUCAGUAAGUUUCUGAGAUUAGCUUGUUUGUCAGUUGGGUGGUUGUGUUGAUGGUCUACCAGCAUAGAAACAAAGGGUAGAUACCUAUUCUAUGAUACAGAAGCAAGUUUGGUUGUACUCCAGAUAAAAAAAUGCAAAUUCCAUUUUAAAUAUUUUUAUUAAGCUUUAUUACAUACACACAAAGGCCAGGAUAAAAAAACCCACGCAACUUGGUUCAAGUGUUUUUGGGGACUUAAGGUUUAUGUUUUACAAAUAGUAGCCCCCAAUACUGUGUGUCAAGCCAUAUUUGAAGCAUAUGUGUUUGAGUGUGUGUAUGAUAGUGAGUUGUUCAUGGGGGGGGGGUGUUAAAUCUCUGCUUAGCAUCCCUGAAGUGCCUUCUUUUGGAAUCACAACCCAAGUCUACCGUAGUUUUCGCUCCAUUACACGCAUUUUUUUCCUCCUAGAAAGUAAGGGGAAAUGUCUGUGCGUGUUACAGAGCGAAUGCUUCCCUCCUCCGUGGUUUCCAGCGGGAGAAGAGCCGCUGAAUGGGGAGGAAAGAGGGACAGUGUGCCUGGAGGGAGAGAAGCAGAACCUGCUUGCUUUAAAGGAGCCUACCGGACAGGAGCCGCUUACACUCGGCUCUCUGUAUCUCUCUCGUCCCCACUCAGUGGCUCUUCUCCCGCUUUGCUGGAAAUGGCAGGAAAGAUUUUCAGCUCGCUUAAGGGGGGAGAGGAGGGAGAGAAGCAGAGCCUGCUUGCUUUAAAGGAGCCAACCGGACAGGAGCCGCUACACGAGUGUGAGCGGCUCCUGUCCGGUUGGCUCCUUUAAAGCAAGCAGGCUCUCUGUAUCUCUCUCGUCCCGCUUUGCUGGAAAUAGCAGGAAAGAUUUUCAGCUUGCUAAGGCGGGGGGAGGGAGAGAAGCAGAACCUGCUUGCUUUAAAGGAGCCUGUCCGGUAGGCUCCUUUAAAGCAAGCAGGCUCUCUGUCCCUCCAGCAAAGUUUUUCAGCUCGCUAAGGGGGAGGGAGAGAAGCAGAGCUUGCUCCACGCGUGCUCCUUGUCCCUUGAGUGCUUUUCCUUCCCUCCCCACUUAAAACGUGGUUACAAAGCACAGAUCCACAUGGAUCCUCAGGAUUUUUGCACUGGGUCACCCCAAAUUCACCAUCAGAUCACAUAGCAUGUCCAUGGCUACAGUUUGCACCAAAAAAAUCAUGCACCCACUGUUGCCUGGGGCCGCAGUGGUGCAAAAACGUGGUUACAAACAUGGAUCACUAUUGAUCCUCAGGUAUUUUGCAUUGGGCUACCCCAAACUCACCAUCAGAUCAGCAUGAACCACAAAAAUCAUACAUCCACUGUUUCGUGUAGAAUAUUUUUUUUCUUGUUUUCCUCCUCUAAAAACUACAUGUGUGUUAUGGUCGGGUGCGUGUUAUCGAGCGAAAAAUACGGUAAUUACAGUGCUUUGUCUAAUAAAUUGUAGUGUUCUGAUGCAUCCUUAUUAAUGAGGAAGCAGCCACCCAAGCCGGUGGAGUUCCUCUGUCUCAGGCCAAAGGGGCCCAUCUAAUUCAGCCUCCUCUUUCCCAGAGUGGCCAAGCCUGAUGCCCCAAAGGGCCUCUCAAAGCAGGACACGAAGGCAGCAGCCCUUCUGCUGCUGCCCCACCAUCCACAAUUGGCAUUCAGGGUACACCGUCUCCGAAUCUGGCGUUUCUGCCAGCAAUCGUAACAGUUGAUAAAGCUCUUCUUCAUGAUUUGUCUAAAUCCACCUUUAAAACCAUCUGAGCGAAACUGUUAGCCACCUUCCUAUCUUGUGAUAGUGAGUUCCAAAAAGCAUAUUAUGCUUUGUAUGAAGAAGUAGUUUGCUGUUGUCGAGCCUAGCCUGAGCCUGUUGCUGGUUGUUCAAAUGCCUUCUGUUACACCCUGUUAAAAAAUGAGUUCCCACCUAUUUCCUGUAGUUCUAACCUGUUUGAGGGAUGUGAAAUUUACCAUUGUUGCAGCAGCUUGUAUUCUUAUUUAGUUGGUCAAAUUAAAUAUGUUUAGUGUCUCCCAUAUACAGACUUUUUUUAAUUUCAUUUUUGCUAUGUCAGACAAGUUUUAACAUAAGACAGUUUAUCAUACUUUUUUUUCAACCACAGUAACAAAUUAUCAACCUUCAAUGUAAAUAAAACAAUAUUUUCUGUAUGCUGCAUCUCUGGACCAGCUGCUGGCACAGAUAAAAGCCUGUUUCUCCUUUCUGAGUAUCAGUUGCAUUUGGCAACUUGGGUUCCCCACAAAGCUGAUAUAUAGCAAUGCAAGAAAAGGAAGUCUCUUUUCUCUGGUCACUUUCAGUAACAGUAUUGAUUGUAAAAGUUCCCUCCCCUUCCAUAUGGCUUUGAUGUAACAUGUUUUGCACAUGGUGGGUUGUUUUGCUCACACUACGUAGUAGAAACAAUAAACAUGUUUCACAAUAAACAAUGUUUCACAAUAUAAAUGUGAUUUGCAUGUUCUGCAGAUAUUUUUAACAUGUAAUGCUGGUUCUAUGUAGUAUUUUAAAGUCAUCAAUAAGACAUUACAAGAAGUUAGAUGUACUUUUAAAUAUAUGCUUUAAGGCCAACCUAUGAGGAAUCUUUUGAUAAUUGUCAAAUGGUUGCUAAUGACAUACAUCCUUUUAAAGUUACAAAAAAUGGAAUGAGUUAUGUCAGCCUGUUAGCACUGGCUCUCGCCCUCAUAACUAAACACAUGCAGCUCCUUAAUAUGCCAAGUACCUUGUAUGUUGCUGCAGCCUUAGUAGGGUCAUUAAUCAUUUAAUUCAUGAUUAAUAAAAUUUCUACCCGGGUGUAAGAGGUGCAGUUCCAUACUUCAGCGGAUUAAAAUUCACUUCAGUGCCACAUCAACAAAGAAGAUACAAUCACCAGAAAUUUCUUUAAACAAAAGCCUUUGAAAGGUUAAAUUGUAUGUUAAAAAUUACGAGUCUACAAGGUUUUAUAGGAGAGGUGCACUUCUUGCUCUUUCUACAGUAGAGUUGUUCUAGCAUAAAAUAUGAAAAUCAAUCAUGGUGAUGUGAUAAGUUGCUUGUUUAUUGUGGUUUAGAAGUCAAUACAUUUAAAUAAUGUAUAACUAAUGAAGUAUGCCCUGGGGAAAUAUUUGCAGAAAAAUCUACCCUUUAAGUGAUAGAUUGAGGUCUAUAUUUAUCAGCAAACACUACAGAAAAGCCCUUCAUUGCGGUACAAAAAUGCAGAGUUAUGGCUGGAAGACUUUUUCCAUGAACAUCUCAGUUAAAAAUAGGCAGGGAAAUGGGAGCCCAUUUUUUCCACAGAACAGCAAAUCUGUGAACCUUUAGGUAUGCAUUUUGGUAAUUGGUUCAGGAAUGGCAACAACUUUGCAGUUCAGAAAGUGCAGUUGCUGGGCAUUAGUGCUUUACAGAAUGCAGAGGCAAAGGAAAUGCAGGCCUUGCCCAAGAAGCUUAGUCUAACCUAGGUGUGAACAGGAGCUGCCAUGCUGGUUGCUCACAUUUUGGUCCCAUUUCUAUAUAAUUGGGUGGGAUUAAACAAGCCUGGCUGCUCCCGUCAGAUUUUGUUUAGCCCCAAAGUUGAAUGGGAAAAACAGUAGAGGGGAGUGGAAUUUACUCUUAAAUUGAAAUUAAUUUACUUAAUUUGAGCAAUUCAUACCUUUUCCUUCUAUUCCAAUAGCAGCACUCAUGGUGAUUUACAAAAGAAAAAAUAAUUAAAAAUUGACUAACAAUAACAGAUGUUGUUUCAUUCUUUAGCCUGGUUAGUGAUACAUCAUUGAACAGUGGAAGUGAAGAAACAUCCCAGGUAGUGUACAUUUGUGUUCUCAACCUUUUGAACUGGCAUGCUCCUACAGUGUAUUUAGAAGUGUGUGUGUUUGUGUGUGUGUAGCUUUAUUUUUAUCUGCAGCAUAAUAAUCUCCAGUGUGUAUACAGUGGUACCUCGGGUUACAUACACUUCAGGUUACAUAUGCUUCAGUUUACACACUCCGCUAGCCCAGAAAUAGUGCUUCAGGUUAAGAACUUUGCUUCAGGAUAAGAACAGAAAUCGGGCUCCGGCGGCGCGGUGGCAGCAGGAGGCCCCAUUAGCUAAAGUGGUGCUUCAGGUUAAGAACGGACCUCUGGAACGAAUUGAGUACUUAACCCGAGGUACCACUGUAUAUUCAUUGUUCAAACCUGAAUUUAGAUUUUCAAAAUGGUAGGUUUCAUAACUAAAAAAUAUUUAGUGGUCUAUUAAGCCAACUUUCAACAGGGCAACUGCUACUUUCCUGUGUAUGUAGUGUGAUAUUAAUGCUUGAACUAUUUGGAGUGGAAAAAAGUAUGCCCAUAUCCCAGAUGGUCCCUGGCCAUGUGGGUGGGGAGCAGAAGUUGCCACAGCACAUCCACACUCUGCAGAAAGUUCUCUUUCAAACUAAUCUCAAAUAGAAGGCAUACAUAGGAUGGGAGCAGGUGAGCAAGGUGGGCUAGCAAUGUGCUUUUAUCAUUAGAAGGCUUAGGGUGUUACUGGCUUUGCUGAGUGAAGGAAAUCUGAAGAACUUGCACUGCUGGGGUUCCUUAAAUCUACAGGGCUAAGUGAUAUUUUGCAAGCAGGUCUGGUAGUACCUUGUGUUCCCUAACCUUCAUGAGGAUGCAUGGCAUGCCUCCAUCUGGUAAGCCCAACUCCUGAGAGGCCAUGUCCCCCUUUCCUCUUUUGCUACGAUUCCUCCCCUCCCCUCCCAGCCAGAAAAAAAAUGGUUCUCUGUCUGAUUCUGUCCUUGUCACACAUUUUGGGCCUGUGUGAUCGCCAGUUAUCUGUGCAUGUCCCCACUGCUUCCUCCUUCAUCUUCUCAUUUACUGCAGCUCUAGACUCAUAAUUACAAGAGCUUCUGGGAUCCCAGUUGUUCUACAGGGGUUUCCUCCUAGAUUCGUGCAUGCAGUCUUGUUAGAUAUUCACUGAAGGUCACUCUUCAUUGGGAGCCCAGAUUGUCUUUUGGAAACCCUCAUUUCUCCUUAGCAAUACCUAAAAUUCACUGCAUUGCACUGUAAAAAUAAUAUUGUGUAUAUUUCAGGAAAUUCCAAGGCUCAGUGCACCUGAAGAGCAAAAAGAGCAAAAAGAAACAUCCAUCUCUGCAAGGUAAAUAUAAGCACUGUGUCUUCUCACAAGGUAAAGGGAAUCCAAUAUAUUGCAGUUCCAAACUGAUCUCCAAAUUAAGUAUCCCAAGUGGGAACUUGCAACAACCUUUUGCAGUUUAUAAUGCUGCUCUUCUUCAUGGUUCCAGAAAGUCAUGUCCUUUUUCAGGGUAAUCUACUCCUUUCUCCUGGUUUAUUCUUUCCCUUCUCUAUCCUGCCUCCUGCCAAAAAUGACGAGAAAAGAAAGAAAAACAUUCCAUGCCUUCUCAGCAUGAUCAGUCCUAAUUUAGUUCUUUUGUGUUGUUGUCGUCGUCAUUGUCCCCCUAUGCUUGGACUCCCUCAUGCUUGUUCAUGGAUGGUGCCUUUUUGUCUACAUAAGAAUCAGCACUCAGAGGGUUGAGUUGGCUCUUGGUUUAUAAGACUGCCUGAGCUGAUGUCUCUCACCUUGUAACUUGUUUUUAAGGUUGGGGCCUGAGCAUAUGAGAGAGAGAGAGAGAGAGAGAGAAAGAAAGAAAAGUUUUAAAGUCCAUCUCUUCACCUUCACUUUCUUUUCUAUGUCUUAAUGCACAAUAAUGGACAAAGUGGGGUGAAUUUAUCCUAAGGUUUGAGCUCUUACUGCUUUAUAGUAAGGGAGGAAUUAUUUAAUUUUAAGGUUGUUUUUUUUUAAAGGCACUACUAAAAUAUAAGCAGUAGGUUUUCUUAAAGUACUAAACUGUUGGAUUUGCUUUUUUCAGCCCGGAAAUAGAACACACUACAGAAGAAACAGAUAAGGACCAUCUGGAAAAUCAAAGCGGUGAAGCUUCUUUAGAAGUUGAGUGUGAAGAAAAUAAACUGCCUGUUCUAGAAAACAGUCUUGGUUCAGAGCUUCAGGCCUGCUCAAAUGACUUCAUAGACUCUGUAGAUGGGGGAGAGACAGAGGGCCUUGGAAAUCAAAGGGAUGGAAGCCCUUUCACAGCUGAGUUCAAAGAAAAGAUACCUCCAUGUCCAGAAAACACUACUGGCCCAGUGUUCCAAGCAUGCUCAAAAGAUUCUUUGGGAGAAGGGAACUCGGAUGACCUUGCAAAUCAAGGUGAUGAAGACGGUUCUUUAGCUGCUGAGUGUGAAGAAAAUCCAACAUCUCCGGUUUUAGAAAACUCAAAUAACCCAAUAAACCCUGCAGAAAAAACAGACAUGGAGAGCUUCGUAAAUCAAACUGAUGAAGGUCCUCUACCUGCUGCUUGUGUAGAAAAUAUGCCUAUGUCACCCAUGGAAGACUCCUCCAUGUCAGAACAUCAGACUUGUUCAAAAGGCUCUACAGGAGAAGGGGACCUUGCGGUUGACCUUGCAAAUCAAGGAGAUGGUCCUCUAGCUGCAGGGUGUGAAGAAGGCACACUGCCUUUGGUUCUAGAAAACUCCUCUGGUUCAGGACUUGACUCAGCCAGCUCAAAUGAUCCUGCAAAAGAAGAGGACACAGGUGCCAUUGCAAAUCAAACUGAUGAAGGUCUUCUAGCUGCUGCUGCUUGUGUAGAAAAGAUACCUGUGUCACCCAUGGAAGACUCCUCCAUUUCAGAACAUAAUAGUUGUUCAAAAGGCUCUACAGAAGAAGGGGACCUUGCAGUUGACCUUGUAAAUCAAGAAGAUGAAGGUCCUCUAGCUGCAGGGUGUGAAGAAGGCACACUGCCUUUGGUUCUAGAAAACUCCUCUGGUUCAGGACUUGACUCAGCCAGCUCAAAUGAUCCUGCAAAAGAAGAGGACAUGGGUGCCAUUGCAAAUCAAACUGAUGAAGGUCUUCUAGCUGCUGCUGCUUGUGUAGAAAAGAUACCUGUGUCACCCAUGGAAGACUCCUCCAUUUCAGAACAUAAUAGUUGUUCAAAAGGCUCUACAGAAGAAGAGGACCCUGCAACUGACCUUGCAAAUCAAGGAGAUGAAGCUCCUUUAGUGGCCAAAUGCAAAGAAGAGAAAUCUCCAUGUCUAGAAAACAUUUCUGAUCCAGGGUUUCAAGCCUGCUCAAAAGAUGGUUCAGGACAAGGGGAGACAGGUAACCUUGCUAAUCAAGAUGUUAAAGAAAAUCCAUUGCCUUCAGUUCUUGCAAAUCAAGAAGUUAAAGAAAAUCUAUUGCCUUCAGUUCUAGAAAACUCCAAGUCAGGAUUUGCAGCCUCCUCAAAUGACUCCAUAGACCCUGUGAGCAAAGACACAGUAGGCAGCCUUGCAAAUCAGGACAGUGAAUGUUAUUCAGCAGCUGAGUGUGAAGAAAGUACAUCGACUUUGGUUCUAGGAAACCUCUCUGGUUCAGGACUCUCAGAUUGGUCAAAUGAUCCCAUAGAUCCUAUGGAAGAUGAAGAUGCAGAGACUCCUGCAAAUCAAAGCGAUGAAGGUUUAGCUGCCAAGUGUAAAGAAAGUCCGUCAGCUGGAGAAGAAUCCUCCGUUUUAGAACCCCAUGUCUGUGCAAAAGGCUCUGCAGAAGAUGCUUCAAAGGACCAUCUUGAAAAUCAAACUGAUGAGCAUAAAGAAAGUACUUCUGUAUCAGCUGUGAAAGACUCCUGUUCAGGAUCCCAAGCCAGUUCAACUGAGACCUCUUGUGAAAGGACAGAAUCUGAUGAUUUGGGUAAUAGUGAUCAGAUAGAAGAAGGAAAAUCCCCAAAAGCUUCAGAUAAUAAAACCAACUCUUUCCAAAGUUCAAAGGAUGCAGUCUUUGCUGCCGAGACAAAGGUGGCUGAUUUGGAUGAAGCUGAGCUAGAAGACAUAAAUUCUGACCACUCAAAAUUGGCAUCUGAUGAAGAUGUCAGUUUUGAACAGUUUCUGAGGAGAAGUGAACCUGAAUCUGUGAAUUCUGAUGCGAGUGAGCAAGGCAGUGUUCAUCUGGAACCUCUGACACCAUCAGAGGUCCUUGAAUAUGAAGCUACAGAGAUUCUCCAGAAAGGUGGCGUUCCACCUUCAGCAAAGAAGGCUGAGCCAGGUUCUGAACUAGAGGAUUCUGCUGAUUCUGAAGAGAGCAGCCCUGCUAGCCCUGUGGAGUCACCAGUAAGCCAGGCAGAAGAGAGUGAUGAAGCAAGCUGA